UCUCGUGGUUUUGUGGCGAGAAUGAGUGGAGGAAAGGCAAGAAAGAGCGGUCUUAAUGCGGAAGAGAUGCUACAACAAGAGAACGAUCAUUUGACAGACAAUUUGACGAUGAAAGUGUCAUCUCUCAAGUCUCUUGCGUCUGAUAUCGAAAGAGAAACUCGGAGUCAGAACGUUCAACUCGACGACAUGGAUGAUUCAUUUGGUGGUGCCGGCACUCUCUUAUCUGGCACCGUCAACAGAGUGAAGGGAAUGCUGUUGGUCGGGUCGUCAAACAGAAAACUGACUUGCUACUUUGCAAUCGCGUUGAUCAUACUCUUCUUUCUGUUUUACUAUCUCUUCACUAAGGUAACUCACAAAUAAGGGAUCGUUCAAGAGACGAGAUGGCAGGGUUUGUACAGUAAAUAUAAGUCGAUGACAGUGUAAUGUGCUACCAAUUUCUACAGCAACAUUUUCG